AUGGUUGCGGCCGAGGAAGGGAUUGAUGCCAUUCAGUUACUCAGAGGUGCUAAGUUGCUCUUUCAGGGCGCUGAAUCAAAAGCCUACAUAGGUGAGUUCCUGGGGCAGCGCGUGUUGCUGAAGGAACGUUUCAGGAAAAGGUACAGGCACCAGGACCUGGACGCGGAGCUGCGGAAGUUGCGAACGCGGAGCGAGUGUCGCAACAUCAUAAAGGCACGGAACUGCGGUGUAUCGGUGCCAUACAUCUUGGCAGUGCGACCAGAGCACGGACUUAUAUGCAUGGAGUACAUAGCGGGACUCUCGGUGGCUGAUUACCUCAACGGGACGGGCAACGUGUCUGAGCCCAGCUUACCUGAAGCCAGUAAGCCUGAAGCCAGUAAGCCUGAAGAAGCUUGUAAGCGUCAGGUUUCCCUGGAGCAGGUCCGUGCAAUUGGGCGUUGUGCGGGUAAGACCAUAUGCAAAUUGCACGACGCCGGCAUCAUUCACGGCGACCUCACGACCAGCAACAUGAUGCUCCGCACGACCACUGCCGACUGCUUGGAAUUGGACCAGUUGGAGUUGGUCUUGAUUGACUUGGGUCUUUCUCACUGUAGUACUAGCUCGGAAGACCGCGCUGUAGACCUCCACGUGUUCACCAGAGCCAUUCGUUCCAAUCACUGCUCAAUCGCAGACCAGCUCAUUGCCGGCGUCCUGGACGGCUACGAAGAAUCAAGUAAGGAAGGUGCCAAGACGUGCCAGCAACUCCAAGUUGUCGAGAAACGGGGUCGCAAGCGGUUGUGA